UUUUCUUACAAAAAAAUAAUUAACAAAACAUCUCUCGUGUUUCAGGUGAUAGACUUCGGCAGCUCAUGUUAUGAGCACCAGCGGGUGUACACUUACAUACAGUCGCGGUUCUACCGCGCCCCUGAGGUCAUGAUGGGCGCUCGCUACGGCAUGCCCAUCGACAUGUGGUCGUUAGGGUGUAUAUUGGCGGAGCUGCUUACAGGGUUCCCAUUACUCCCGGGCGAGGACGAAGCGGACCAAAUGGCGUGCAUUAUCGAGUUGCUCGGGAUGCCGCCACAGAAGCUCAUCGAGCAGGGCAAGAGGGCCAAGAACUUCAUCAGCAGCAAGGGCCUGCCCCGGUACUGCACGGCGACCACGCUGGCUGAUGGGACCACCGUUCUUAGUGGAGGAAUGUCUAGAAGAGGCAAACCUAGAGGUCCUCCCGGUUCAAAAAGUUUUGUCACAGCCCUCAAGGGCUGUCAGGACAAAUUCUUUAUUGACUUCAUAAGACGGUGCCUGGAGUGGGACCCCGAGAAGCGGCUGACGCCGGCGGCGGCGCUGCGGCACGCGUGGCUGCGGCGCGGCUGCCGCGGCCGCCGCACGACGAGGAGCCCGCGCCCGCGCCGCUGCCGCACGCGCUGCCGCACUCGCUGCCCGCCAACCACGUUGAGUAUAGCGCACCACGCCAAGCGCCAAGCGCACCCUAAGUGCACUGACAAAUAG